UUUUAAAAAUCUCUAUUUCCAACAAUUUACUAAUUAACACUCUUUUGACGUCGGUGAACACAUCACCAUAAGUCAUAACCCUGUUUUCAAAAACACACAAACUUUCACACAUUUUUCAUUUCUCAUCUUUCACACAAAAAACAGAGCAAACAAAACAGAGCAAAAGAAACAGAGCAAACACAGAACAACAACAACUACUAUGUUUGAUCCAACAAAGAAACAUCACCAACCCAACAAUUCAUUCGAUUUGUACGAUGAAACAAGACAUGAAACAUCGGAAGCUACAAAUUAUAACAAUAUUUGGCCUUUAAAAAAACCCCAAUUGGGUUUAGAUGAUGAUGAACCUCGAUGGAGUAUGAAUUCUCCACAUUACAGAAGCCUCUCCCCUGUUUCAAGAAAAGAGGCUAUAGUCAGAGGACAGAAAGAAUUAAUGGAAAUGGUUCGGAACAUGCCGGAAACAAACUAUGAACUUUCAUUGAAAGAUCUUGUGGAACAUCAUCAUAGGGUUGUUAAUACCAGAGAAGAAAAUACAGAAGAGGAAGAGAAGAAGAUGAUGAAGAAGAAUUUGAGUGGGAAGAAGAUUGAUAAUAAGACGGUAGAGAUAAAGAAAAAUGGGAAAAUUGAUCAUGAUCAAGGUUUCUACCUGAAAAUGGGGUUACCCUUUUUCAGUUUGAGAUCUAAGGAUAAAAAGAAGAAGAAAAAAGAGUCAAAAGUUUCACCUAGACCAUCAAUUUCUGAUGGACAGGUAAAGGAGAAAGAAUGGUGUAAGAAGGGUUCUUCAGAUUAUAAAGAGAGUGAUGAUAGUGCUGCAUCAAGUAUGAUUAGUAAUGGAAGCAUCAAAAGCUCUACUAGUAGUAGCAGCAAUGGCAGUAUCAGAAGCAGAAGCAGAAGAUUGAGAAGUAAUAGCAUAAUACUAAGGCGUGAGAAGGGUGGAGGUCUUUGCUGGGCUAUGUUUCGCAGACCCAAAAUCCAGACGAAAAAGUAAACAAUGGACAUCUCCGAUGAAAGAAAGUACUACAUGGAUGUUUGAUUGACAGUGAGUUUGACAGAAUAACAGUGGAUCGUCGUAAUUUUGAUAAAAAAAAAAAAAUAUCAUGGUAUCUCUGUCAACAAAAAAAAAAUCAUGGUAUCACUGUAAUUUCAUUUAAGGCAUUGUCAAUCUAAACAUAUAGUACUGUGUGAUUUCGUAGUUAUGGUACUUGCAAGCUUUAUUUUCAUAUAAACAGCUCGGAAACUCUGCUGCAAGUCAUUGAGAACUACUACUUGGUUUCAUUGUAACUUCAAAUGAAUUAGACAAGUUUGUUUUGGAAGUUACAAAAAAAUGUUUAAGGAUUAAACUUGUACAAAUAUCAUCAUGUUUAAUGGCAGGGCAUGGGAGAUCCUUUGCCAAUCCCAGCUUUGUAAUUUUUGACAUAUGUUCUUUUAUAUGUUUAUUUGAAGGUCCUAACAAAAUAAAUUAUAUUUAUGCAUGA